AUGUCUCACGUUCCAAGAGACAUUCGUAAUGCCAUGGCGACGACGCUUUGCGCCAUUAUGAGGGCAAGAGGUUCCUGCCAAAUCCCAAACUGCAUGUACUCGCAUGAGAAACGCAAGUUUGUCUGCCCGAGUGAGCUAGAGACCGGCAGUUGCAAAAAUGCAUAUUGUCGCUACCGCCACCAACGUGAUGGUAACGGCAAGCCCCUUCAAGCUGGCCAAACAGGGAAUCGUGCCCCACAGCAGGCUGCCGAUAAACAAUCACUUCAACGGGUGGAACCAAUCCCCGCACCCACCCGUCCGGUUAGCCAAACGGCGAGUGGCCAGGCUCUUAGCUCAGGGCCGGAACCAAAGAGUACAGCUGCUAUUCCAAAAGCACCAAUACCAACAACGGCGCCACGACUACGACCACCGCCACCGCCACCCGCCAUCACUAGAUGGAAUGCCCCCGAUCCGAUCUGUUCGAAUCAGGCCGAACGGGACAUGGUAUCGCUGUUUAGGCACCCAGUCAGGUGCCCACUUGAGUUGACGAACCUGGAGCGUCGCCAAAUGAUGGACUACGCGACCAAGUUACUGAACCAUCACAAGCCCCAGUUCCAGCGAUACGCGGUUCGAGAGAUGUCCGAGCCCUUAGCCCAUACCCACUUUCUAGACGUCACCAACAUCUUGAUGGCCGACGAAAGCGGGAGCAAUACUUUUGGCGUUAUCAUCUUUCUCACGCGGUUCGUUCCACUCGCAAGACUGCUGGGUCAAUCGUACUGGAGGGUCGAUGAAGCGGUCAAGGCUAUAUUCAGGAAGUUUUUGGAUGAUAUUCUUCCGGCCAAGCUGUACAAUAUCUACCUCAUUGCUCGCGGAGUUGCCUCUUUCAUUGGUUUCCAGGGUUCAGAUAACGACGAUAUCGACUGGCCAUCUCUCUUCGUUGACAUGCUUCACUGUUUCUUAAACAUGGCCAAGUUCUCGAAGAAUCACGAAGAAACCGUCGGAUUCUCGGCUUCUGACUACUGGCUAAUUUGUUUCAUUGAACAAUCCUGCGAUGUUUGGUUUGAUGGUCGUAUCGCCCCUCAAAGCUCCGCUAUGAAUGUGAGCCCGCGGCCCCCGAAAGAGACUGUCUUCGACGAAUUGGCCGAGUUAAUAUCUCUAUACAACCUGUCCCGCUUUUUCCCACCCAGUAGCUACUUAAAGGGCGAGCGUCACCGCUUAGACGAUAUCCAACGUUUGGAGUGUCCUCUCUGGGUUCAAACUGGAGCUUGUGCUGGAGAGAGCGAUGAUUCGUGUUUCUUCUCCCAUCGUCCUAGACUCGUAGACAAGCAUGCCGAGAAAUCUGACAAAAAGUUCAAGUCAAUGGAGCUGUGGUCGAAGUUUGGAAGCCGGCGCGAGAUUGUUACCGUCCAAGAUCUAACGGCUUAUUGGGACCAAGCUUUGGAGUUCCUAACUGAAGGGAAGGUUGAUUUCAUCUUUGAGUCCCUGAUGCGUAAGGAAGGAAGUUUCUUGAUUGGGAAGACAUUGAAACUUCGAACUCCUGAUGGUCGUGACCUGAGCUGUGAUGCCAUUAGAUCCUUCGCAACAAUUAUUGCCGACCCGCGUCUCGAGGCCUACAACCAGAAGGAGAGUAAAGUCUUCACUAUUGCUGACGUAUUCGUCGAAAACCAGAAAUUUUUCGUCGCCUGGAGUACUGACAUUCAAGAUGGUCUCAAGUUCGCAGCUGACUCAAAGCCUCAUAUUGAGGCGGCUAAGCUUGUUGUCGGCAUGACCCGCUUCAUGCUCAGCCUCAGCCCCAUUAACAAAUUAGAUAAGGAGACUAGUAAAGCCAUUAUCGAACUAUGUCGAAUUAUUGCUUGGCAUAGUUCCCACGCCGAUAUUGAAAUGGCCGCGGCGAAUGCUGUUGCAGAGAGACUUGGGCUUGUCAUCCGUAAGAACCUCUUAGAGGAGCGUGUCGAGUUUAUUGAUAGGGACGCACCAGACCUAGACGUCGUUGACUAUGAUGACGGCGUCUCCUUGGUCUUUUCAGAUGACAGUAAGAACGCUAAAGAGGACACUACCAAAACCGUCCAGCAGAUUCCAGUCGUGCAGCAGGUUUCUACCGUCCAGCAGACCCCAGUCGUCCAGCAAACUGCGGGUUUCCAGCCGAUCCUGACUACUCAGACAGUUUGUGUGGAUCUUGUUGAUACCGAGUCCGCCAACGGUUCUCAAACCGCUCCACAACCCCUUAAUUCCGAUUUGGCGGAACUGCUUAGGUCCGGACCGAUCGACUUUACAAACAGUCAAAAAGAGAAUAUUCGGGUGGGUGCCACUAGUACAACAAAAAUUGAGCAAAAGCUCGUCGAAAAGGAGAAAUUUCCAAAUAAACUCGAUGAGAUUACGCCGAGACAGGCUCUAGCGGUAAUUACUAUUCCAAAUCAACCGCCUACACCUAUCGCAGCAUUCCCGGAGAAAAAGAUGUCAGCUUUGGCAGAGAAGCCUGAAGAGGAAGACGAUGGGAUGGAAUCUCAACCAGAAGAUCGCGGGCCCUCUCCAGGCUCGAUAUCUGAUGACAUCCCAUCCCACGCACUCGAAGAAGCUAUCCAAUCGCUUUCUGACUUUUUCGAGUUUGGACUCGUCCGUCCAGCUGCCCGCCUUGCUGAAAUGGAAGCCAAUGGUACUUUCAUCACUCUUAAGGCAUUCUUUACCGAAGACCAGCUUCAUAUAUUCUCCUCUGAUCCGGCGGAGGAUAUUAGCAUUUUUUCACACCUUUUCCCGUUUCUUGAAACCCUCUGCCAUAAACUUGUCAAGCACGACUUGGAUGCAGAAGCUGGUUGGAAGAAUAUUAUGGGAGCACUUUUCAAAAAGCUUUGGGGUCUUGGAGAAUUUGUUAUAUUUUUUCGUAAUACACUUCGCAACUUCUACCUCCUUCACGAAGAGAGAGCUCGCUUUAGCUCGGGGUACCGAAAGUUGUACAGAAAAGCCACUGAGAACAUGUUCCGUCUCCUGCUUGGUUUGGCCAAGGCAAACCAGCUUCCACGUGUCGAUGGGUUGUUCCAACAUCUAUUGCUCCGUUUCCUCCGAAUAUUCUCGGAAGAAUACCGUCCGGCCCUCGCACGUGCUGACCCAGGAGCGGACUACACUAGUACAAGCACGCCCAGUGGAAGUAGUGUUACCGGGCUUGCUCAUGUUAGUCACGAUCCUCAGAGCUACCACCGCUGGAGUAAGGUUCACGCUUUGAUGAACAUUCUCAUUGCGAAAACCGGUCUUGUUGCCUUUUUCAAGCAGGUCCCUGGCGAGGUUGGCCGUGAUCCACAGCCUCGUCCAUUGUUUAAACAUGCAACGAGCUUCAUUUGUCCUGAUCAGAAAUUAUCGCAAUGCGAGUAUGCCGUCCAUUGUCAGUUUGCUCACGAACCGGAAGAUGCAAGCAGCCCAGAUGAAUGCGGCAGCCUUGAGAGUGAUAGUGGUGUUGAUACGGAUAGCGACGGGGGUACUGAGACGGGCGAGGAGGUGUUCUUCAGUACUACAAGCCGAAGCCGACUUCGGAGGGAGAGUAUUGUUAGUGCUUCCGGGGAUGAGAGUGCAAUCAGCAGGCGUUCCAUGUCUACGGUUAUUGACCCGAUGGAUCUUGCAAAUAUCUAA